GAACCAUAAUUUACUUCAUCCAAAAUCAAAUGAAGUCACCUGUCCAUCUCGAACAUCCAUUUGGUACACAAAUAGUUAAGGAUAAUAUGGCGAGAUCAUGGUCGCUUCUUCUUCUUCCAUUUGCGCUUGCUUUGGUUGCUUCCGUUGCUCAAGCUGCUGUUGUGGAGUACACUUUCAAUGUAGGUAACCUCUCCAUUAGUCAGCUAUGCCAGCAGGAAAUGAUCAUAACUGCAGUGAAUGGUCAGCUCCCCGGCCCGACGAUCGUUGCCACUGAGGGCGACACGGUGGUUGUUCAUAUGGUCAACGAGUCACCCUACAACAUGACCAUCCACUGGCAUGGUAUCUUCCAGCGCGGUACGCCAUGGGCGGAUGGACCGGCUAUGGUCACGCAGUGUCCGGUCCGUCCCGGAGGCAACUACACUUACCGGUUCAACGUCACCGGGCAGGAGGGCACGCUGUGGUGGCACUCCCAUUUUUCCUUCCUCCGCGCCACCGUCUAUGGCGCGCUCAUCAUCAAACCUCGCGGCGGCGCCAAGGCCUACCCGUUCCCCGUGCCCGAUGAGGAGGUGGUGGUCAUCCUCGGUGAGUGGUGGAAGACGAACGUGUACGACCUGCAGCAGCGCUCCCUCGUUACUGGCAAUCCGGCGCCCCACGCCGACGCGUACACCAUCAACGGCAAGCCCGGCGAUUUCUACAACUGCUCUGCCCCCAACCAAACGCACAAGUUCGAGCUGAAGCAGAACAAGACGUACAUGCUCCGGAUCAUCAACGCUGCGCUCAACACGCCGCUCUUCUUCAAGGUGGCCAACCACAGCUUCAACGUGGUGGCCGCCGACGCGUGCUACACCAAGCCGUACAAGACCGACGUGGUGGUCAUCUCGCCGGGGCAGACGGUGGACGCGCUCCUGGUACCGGACGCCGGCGUCGCCGCGGCCGUCGGAGGGCGCUACUACAUGGCGGUCAUCCCGUACAACAGCGCCGUUAAUGCUGCCGACCCAAGUUUUCUGUACAGCCUGACCAACAGCACGGCCAUCGUCGAGUACGGCGGCGGCCCGGCGACCUCGCCACCCAUGGUGCCGGACAUGCCGGAGUACAACGACACGGCCACCGCGCACCGGUUUCUCUCCAAUAUGACGGCGCUGGUGCCGAACCGUGUGCCGCUCGCCGUCGACACCCACAUGUUCGUCACCGUCUCCAUGGGAGACACCUUCUGCGGACCGGAGCAGACGAUGUGCAUGCCAGACGACAAAGGGACCAUCUUCGCGUCGAGCAUGAACAACGCCUCCUUCAUCCUCCCGAACACAACCUCCAUGCUCGAGGCCAUGUACAAGGGCUCCAUCGACGGCGUCUACACCCGCGACUUCCCCGACACGCCGCCGAUCGUCUUCGACUACACCGCUGACGCAUCGGACGAUAACGCGACGCUGAAGCACACGUUCAAGUCGACCAAGGUGAAGACGCUCAAGUACAACUCGACGGUGCAGAUGGUGCUGCAGAACACGAGGCUGGUGUCCAAGGAGAGCCACCCGAUGCACCUCCAUGGCUUCAACUUCUUCGUCCUCGCACAGGGCUUCGGCAACUACAACGAGACGACGGACCCGGCCAAGUUCAACCUCGUCGAUCCGCAGGAGCGCAACACCGUCGCCGUCCCCACCGGCGGCUGGGCCGUCAUCCGCUUCGUUGCAGACAACCCAGGGGUUUGGUUCAUGCACUGCCACUUCGAUGCUCAUCUAGAGUUCGGGCUUGGCAUGGUGUUUGAGGUUCAGAACGGUCCAACGCAGGAGACAUCGUUACCGCCACCACCAUCGGACUUGCCACAGUGCUAGAUGAUCAUUGCUGAGAUUCCAUAGCUUUUGGGUUUAGUUCUCAGAAAGGAAAUGUUUAUUUCUUCAUUUAUUAGUUCCAUGCAGUAUUUCAGUAUUGUAAUAAGUUCAUUGAUCAAGUGUGUGAUGGAUGUUGUGCGUUUCUCUAAGGAGGUCAUCUUGUAAUAUUAAUCGGGAGGUUUCCAUAAUAAAAUGAAUGGAUUUCCUUAAUGUCA